AAGGACGUUGUUUUUUCUCACACGCCCUCACAGUAUUCAACGGAUUUGAAACGUCGUCACUUUAGAAACGUGUUUCUAACUUGUUAACUGAACUCAACCCUGUACUGCAUGGGUAGCUGCUCGCAGGAAAAAGAAAAGCAAAUGGGUGGACUUGUGUUUUCGGGCGCAGUUAUUUCAGGAAAAAUUGAAAUGUGUUGUUUCUUUUUGGCACCUUGCCUGGUGCUGCAGGCUGUGCUCCUGCUGAGCAGCGGUGCUGACGCUCUGCAGGUGAUUGAUGGAAGCGUGACAGUCGUUCAAGGCGAUACAGCUAUCUUACCUUGCAAACUCAGACUCACUGACUCCACGGAAGACUUGACACAGAUUACCUGGCAGAGGAGGACCAGAGAAAAACCCAGUAAUGACAAUUUUAUCACUGUUGGACCAAGUCAAGAAACACGGUUUGUCAAUGGACGUGAUGAUCGAUUUAAAUAUAUCGGGAAUUUUAACAACAAAAAUGGAACUCUCCAGUUAUCCAAUGUUGCCCUGAAGGAUGAAGGCAGCUACACGUGCAUCUUCACCCUGUUUCCCAGUGGAAAUCAGAAGAUUGAAAUACCUCUAAAAGUGACUGUGCCUCCUUUCACAAGCAUCAAGGAGAAUCUUCUGACUUUGGGCACAGAAGAGGUUUUAUUUGCUACCUGCACGGCUGCUGGAUCGAAGCCUCCUGCAGAGGUGAGGUGGCUCACUGGUGCUUUGGGAGACAAAGUGAGGACGACAACAAACUCCAUCCAGUAUGACAACGGUAUGACUACCACAGUCAGCUCAUUGUUUGGCGUUCCUACGAGAGAGAUUAAUGGUCAACAGGUCCAGUGUGUCAUCAGCGGUGACUUCCUGACUAAAGAAAUAAGUCUGCCCUUCAACAUACAAGUCUCCUUCUCUCCCACAGAAGUGAACAUCAGUGAUUUCAGAGGACUCAUUUGA